AUGCUGGAACGGACCGCGGGAUGUGUUGAGAACGCAGGGCGGCGUCUCCUCCGAGACCCAAAUGGAGCUCUCCGAAAUCGAAAAGCCUUCUGUACCAAGCCUGGGAAAUACGCCAGCAGCCACUCCAGUUAUUCGAAAAGACAAUUUGGUUCUCGGCGGCCGCUGCAAUUGCGAGACUCGAGCACAAGCCCCGGCCAAAUCCCGAGCGAUUCACAAGCCCCAACGCUCGGAUUUCUGUAUCCCAGUCAGACGCAAGAAUUUGUGAUUACCCGUUUGCUUCGCUAUUCAAGAAUCCUGCCUGCGCGAAGGAAGAGAAGGACCGGCGCCCUUGCCUGCAGAACAUUUACCUCCCAAACUGAGUUUCAUCGAGCAGUUGGAGUGGAAGAGCUGGGCGGCGUUCACGACAAUGGGAACAACCAACCGGAUAGAGAGUGGUCAAGACAUACGCUUGUGGAACUUUUGGGAAAAGGGAUACUCAGUGAAGCCGACAGGGCGUGGCAGCUCUAUAUGCUUGCUGGCCAGCCAUCUGAUUUAAACCCAACUUUACUUGCGCAGUUCAGCAAAUCAGCAAACAAGACGAAUCAUAGGAGAGCAAAAAACUUGUUCCAUGUGAUUACUGAGACGUCACGCUCCGCUGAGGACUACCUGAAUAUAACAAAAUCCUGUCUCGCUGCUGAGGAACCGGGAGAACUGAUGGGAAUCUGCCAGGAAGCAGAAGUUCAUGGUCAUGGUGUGUCAUGUUGGGCUUUCGCUCUAGUCUACCAUGUAGAGAGGGCUGAAUGGGCCCUCGCUCAAACUUUAUAUGAAACCUUUCGGUCAUGCUCGGAUAGCGUCACGCUGUGGGAGACCAUGCUCCCGCUCCUGAAUCAGUCUUCAGUGCCAACCUAUCUGCUUGAUUUAUCCGUGCAGCUCCAAACCGACGCGAGCAUAAUAGCCGGUUCAGACGAAACGCAGCCCAAGUUCUUCGAUUUCUUUCUCGAUAGGGCUUUUAAAACCCAAGCAAUCGUGGGGAAUGUGUCAACGGAGGACCUUCUCCAUCUCCUUCAGAACUUCCGGUCAACAGGGUCCAUCGGGGCCCGCGCAUUGAUUCAUUGCAUCCAUACCCUUCAGAGCUCGAAAACUAGAUCGAAAAUCAUCAGAUCCAUUGUCGUGUAUCGUGAAUUCCGCGAGCUUAUGGAGGCCUCAGAGCGUCAUUGUUCGCUGCUUCGUGAUUUACUCGGAAAACUCGCCCGGUUGGAAAUUACCACUGGUGUUGAGUAUUUUCUCUCCGAAUACUCCCAUUUUUAUUCAAAACCCUCCGUGGAAGCCUUCAGACUCGCUCUUAUCGCCUUCUCUCGGGCUCCUGAUCCGUCCGGCGUUACGCGAGUGUUCAAAGAAUAUGUCGCUCAAUACGGACAGCCGCAGUCUUGGAAAUUACUUACACCUAUCCUUUAUGCCCACGCCAAAAUGGGCAAUGUAACCGAUACUUUGACUGAGUUUGAUAAGCUAUCUAAAGAUCAUGGUCUCACCCCGAAUACACAUUGUUGGAAUAUCCUGCUCACGGCUUUUGCAAAUGCCGGUGAUACCGCAGGAUGCUUUUCCCGUUUUAAGAUGAUGUCUGAACAAGGGGUGAGGCUUGAUUCUCACACAUUUGGUAUCUUAAUGGGUUUAUGCGCUCGCCGGGGUGAAAUUGACAUGGUUCUUCAGCUACUCGAUACGGCCAAAAAGCGACAUGUUAAGCUAACAACUCCUAUGCUCGAUACAAUCGUGGAAGCUUAUUGCAGAAUCAAGGACUUCAAAGCGGCUGAAAGCUUUGCGAGGACCUGCCUUGAAAUCGACGUCGAAGGCUCACGGGUGAGGAUGUGGAACGUUUUACUAUGGAAUUACGCAUUUCAGAUGGACCUGAAAUCUAUUUCUAGAGUUCGUUCAACAAUGGAGACCGCGGAAAUACAGCCCGACGAAAUGACCUAUUCAACAUUCAUUCUUAGCUUGGUCCUUCUAAGACAAACCGACUCUGCACGUCGCAUCCUUAGGGUGCUUCACCGAAGCGGUCGAAUGCACGCUACAGAAUUUCAUUAUGCCCUUGUUCUGUAUGGCUACAUGAGAGAACGAAAUCGUGAUAUGGUGCACAUCAUAUUUCGUGAGAUUGAAUCCCGGUUUGGUAAAGCUGGUUUAAGCUCUCGCCUUCUUUAUCUAAGAACCGAAGUGCGUCGGGAUUUGGGCCUUAUCCAAGAGAAAGGAGGUGAGGUGGAUAACGCCAACGCUCGUUUGGGGCAUGCGGAGGAAUUCCUCGCUGAAAUCAUCAAUGAUUUUGAUCCUGCAAAGCUAGCAACAAGGCAACCAAAACCUGGUGCGAAAAAUUCUCGAGCUGCCCAGGCUUUGGCUUUUCCUGCGAGUUAUUACGAGUCUCUCAUGAAGGAAUAUGCGAAGAAUGGUGCACUAGAAAUGGUUAAGCAGCUAUUCGACGCAUAUGCAAAGCUUCAAGGAUUGUCGUUCGAAAAUGCCCUCGAAGCUGCUCCACUCAACCUUCUUACGCCUCUAGCGCGCGCAUAUUUAAAGACAGAGCAUCACAAACAAGUGGAUGAGUGCUGGGAGAUUUACUUUCGCCGUGCUCAAGAGAUAGGCAAGCCUAUGAAUGAGAGUGGAUGGAACCAUUUAUAUCCGCCAAACGCCCCCGAACCACCGCAUUCCACCGUACGAAGCUCUGAAACGAAAGAUGAUGAUGGCUUGCUCAUAAAAUCGGAGCCGCAAACAACCUCUUUCGCCCCCGAAAGACCUCGAAUACUUCCCACAUUCCGUUUCUCACUUUCUCGGAUCUUGUCUGUGUGCAUGCAGUCGCUUGCAUACCGAAACAAACUGGCCAAGAUAGAUCGACUGGUGACAGAGGUUGAGAGCGCUGGGUUCGUUUUGACAACUUUUAAUUGGUCUACAUACGUGCAGCUGUUUGCCUCCUCUGAUAAGCCGUCGCAUACGCUUAGAGCCUUCGCAGUUUUCGAGGAAAAAUUCAUGCCAGCAUUCCCAGGAUGGAAAUACUUUCGGAGGUCACAGGGUAUAAAACACUCCGAUGUAUCCUCUGCAUUUGACAUAAUCGAGAAACGCGGCAUGCGAAAGCAAGGCAGCAUGUUGGGUCCGAGGGGCAAGAAAUACUGGAGCGAAAUGAAUCCAGAUUUCAUGCAACCCACCUACCCUACGCUCGUGCACAUUGCCGCUGCUCUACUUCGGGUCCGUGGGAGAAGCAUCGAAGACGGAAAUGCCCAACUUGUUUCUCUCUACAAAACUGCCCCCAAAACAAUUGCAGCCAUAGCUGAAAUGCCGCGUAUGCGGGACAAGUUCCAGGGUGUUCUGCUACGACGUUACCCGUUGCAACCUGAUCCAGUACGCCCCGAAAAGGAGCAGUUCGUGUGGACGGGCGGAAUCCUGGGAGUGGGUGGACGCCGUAGGAUGCCACAGAGUGCGGAGUCUCGCGAAGAACAACUAUCCAAAUUAUCAGAUGAACUACCCUCGCAAGGUAUUGACACCGGCAAUGAUAACUCGCCUCGUUCUGAAGGCGCCAGGGCAGCUGUAUCGCCAUCGAGUCUAGAUACCCACGGUUUUGCAGAGCCUCAUUCGUCAUAUUGGUCAACGUUAACAUAUGAGGAUAAAUUCGAUCUUGAAGCUGAUACGCUACUAUCGACAAGGCGCAGACUACUGGGAAACGACGAUGAAUUGAUGGAUGAUGAUUCUGUGGACGACGAACUGCUGGAAGAUGAAGAUCUCGUAUCUGCGGAACAAGAAGACGAAUUUCAAGCACCGCAGGAGUCGAGUGAUAAUAGAGUUACGCCGCCCUGA